GAGAGCGGAGAAAACAGCCAGUAAUGGGCAUCCACACUACACACACACACACACACAUGUAGGUGUGGUGUAAAGAACAAGAGUUGUGACUGAAUGGAGUUCAGCACAGUGUCAUUUCAGGUGCGAAAGCGUCAUGGAUAAAGCGAAACUAGCGCAGCUGAGAUCAGCGAUAGGGAAUGUCGGGACCGCGCUAUAGUCACCAUGAGCCUCGGCGCCGACACCGGUGCUUUUGGAGUCUGUUUUUCAUCGUCGUGAUGGUUUAGUGAUGAAGAAUUUCGAGACGCACAGGACGCCGUGUCUUCACACCGUAGUGCACUUGUUUCUCUUAAUAACUUCUGACCGGUUUGGGUGAAACAACAGACUAAACAUGGAUACGCCGAGGGAAACCAGGAAACAAACAAUCAAAGCCAAAUCAACCAAGCGCAAGAACAAGACGCACAAGUCCCAGAAGCUGUUCAGAAGGAAAUCGUUGAAAUCGCUUGGAAAUUUUAUGAGCAGGAUUGUCAAAACUUUGGGCACUUUAGCACACUUGGGGGACGCGGACCAGCCGGACGCGGGGGAGGAUGAUGAUGGGGGGUUUGGGGACACUCUGAGCGCCCACAACUCUGGGAAUUACAGAGAGAACUCGACGAGGAAGGCAGUUGCGCCCGCAUCAUCCUAUGGAUCUGUGAAAGAAAGACUGUCCUGGUGUUACGGCGAGAAAACUCCGGGAGUUCAGGGUCUGAAGAAUCACGGAAACACCUGUUUCAUGAACGCCGUGGUGCAGUGCCUGAGUAACACGGAACUUCUGGCUGAGUAUCUGGGUCUGGAGCAGUAUAAAUGUGAACUAUAUGAGCGGAGGAUCAACGGGGUGAUGAAGAGCGAGGAGGUCAGGGGGGAGGUGACGGAGAAGCUGGCGUCGCUGGUCAGGGCGCUCUGGACGCUCGAUUACACGCCUCAGCUGUCGGUGGAGUUCAAGAGUGCUGUGUCCAAGUAUGGCUCUCAGUUCAAAGGAAACGCUCAACAUGACGCUUUGGAGUUUCUGCUCUGGCUCCUGGACAGUGUGCAUGAGGAUGCCAACCUGUCCACCAACAACAACCACAGUGGCAGAGCCAAAUCGUCCAGCAAGGAUUCUGUGGAAUUGGAGGAGAGUUGUUCCCCCUGCCCAGCAAACUCACAGCAGCCUGGAACUCGACACAGUUUCGUUCAGGAACACUUCCAAGCUCAGUACAGGUCAUCACUGACGUGCCCUCAUUGCCUUAAACAGAGCAACACCUUUGACCCUUUUCUGUGUAUUUCACUUCCGAUCCCACUACGACAAACCAGGGCCUUGAAUGUGACACUGGUGUUCAACAAUGAAGGUCAGCGGUUUGUGAGAGUAGGGUUGGCUGUGCCUCUCUUUGGGUCGGUCUCAACACUCAGAGCCAUGGUAGCAGAGGAGGGCAAGAUCUCUUCAGACCAGGUGAUUUUGACAGAGAUGAACUCAAAUGGCUUCCAGCGCUCUUUCUCUGAUGAAGAUGAUAUGACGAGUAUCUCAGAGAGUGAUGUAAUCUACGCUUUCCAGGCUCCACCCCUGUCCGCCAGAGGAGGUUCCAUGCGAUUCUCAGGGAUCCAUCACUCCCUCCCUUCGUCCCCAUAUAUCGCAGAGCCCAAAGGUCACCGGUUGCCACCCUCAGGGACGUUAUCAUCAGAAUUCUUGAAUCAGGGUGGUUCUUCAAAGAUCCUCCUGUUACUCUGCAAUGUUGCUGGAUCUGGCCAAGAAGCUACAAGGUUUGGGCCUCCGUUCCUGAUGAGAGUAGAAAGGACUCUUUCUUGGGAUCAUUUGCGACAGAGUGUCUGCAAUAAGCUUUACUUAUUUAAAAAAAAUAUCAUCGUAAAGACUACUGAACUGUUUAAUAUGCGUGUGGUGGGUGGGUCGGCUUCCUGCAGUUACCUGUCUCCCAACGACAGCAGACCUCUGUGCCACCCAACUGUGGACAGGGCCCUGAAGUUCUGCGGUCCUGGUGGUCCUCUGCAUGUGAAGCUCGUGAUUGAAUGGGAGAACAGAAUCAAGGAAUGUCUCUUUGGUAACAUUCAAGAGGAAGUUAUUGAGGAUGCAGAGAGUGUGAGAAUCCAGCAACAAAAUCACGUACAGCAGCACAGCUGCACGCUGGAUGAGUGUUUUCAGCUUUACACCAAAGAGGAGCAGCUGGCGCCAGACGAUGCAUGGAAGUGCCCUCACUGCAAGCAGAUGCAACAGGGGAUGGUGAAGAUGAGCUUAUGGACCCUACCUGACAUCCUCAUUCUGCACCUGAAGCGUUUUCGGCAGGUGGGCAAACGGCGAAACAAGCUCUCCUCCCUCAUUCACUUCCCUGUGAGCGCUCUGGAUAUGACUCCCCAUGUGGUGAAACGCAGUCAGAGCAUGAGGAAUUUGGCCCCAUGGCCUUCCACUUGGAAACAUGGGGAUACCGACUUCCUUUACGACCUGUAUGCAGUCUGCAACCACCAUGGUGGCAUGCAUGGAGGCCAUUACACAGCCUAUUGUAGGAACUCAGUGGACGGCCAUUGGUACAGUUAUGACGACAGCAGCGUGGAGCUUGUGCCAGAGGAGGAACUGUGCACACGAGGGGCAUAUAUCCUGUUCUACCAGAGAAGAAAUGUCAUCCCUCCCUGGUCCGCCAACAGCUCAGCCAGAGUUUCCACCAGCUCCUCCAUGUCAGACCACUGGCUCAUCCGUUUAAAUGGUGACAGUAAAAGAGGAAGUAUGGUUUCACGGUCUUCCACAACAUGCCCCUCUACCAUCCCAGACUCCCCAGAGUCUCCCGUCUUUCAAAAUGAGCCCUCAAUCGAUAAGGGAGGUGUGUCUUUAGGUGGGUUUGAAACCAGACCUUUUGUGCGAGGAAUCCAAGGGCGUAGCAUAAGCAUGAAAAGUCCCACCAAGACCAGAAUGCUGCCACUGCGAUGGUCCUUUGGAAACAAAGACCGCCACAAACCUGCCUCAGCUCCUGACCCAGCUCCUGCAGAGCUAGUGGAGUAUUUAGAGUCUGGAAGGAGGCCAAGAUGCACCAAAGACCCUAUUGUUGCCCUAAUGACUCGAUCUUCAGAUAAAAAAGUCAGUAAAGAAAACGAUUCGAGAAAACCUGCCGCCAAAUCUUCUAGCCACAGCAGCAUCGCACCUCUAGAUUAUCUUAAAAUACCGCAGGGUCAAGCAAGUAGCUCAAAGAAAGACACAGGCCAACAAUCCAGCAGCAACAGUAGACCAAGAGAAGAUGGGACUUUGACUUUGACUAGACGGAGCAGCAGAAAAUCAAAACAGGAACAAACGCAGUCCAGAAAGAGCUCUAGUGCAGGGCUCCAAUCCAGUUCCUGUGGUACAGACAGCUGGGAAACCACGCUGAGGAAUAAGCCAAGCAAGGAACGAGACCAACCAGAUGAAAAACAAAAAAAGGGACUGGAGACAAAACGUCACGAUAGUGUCUUCGCUUUUCUCAAAGGUGGUUUCAUGAAGGAUUCACUUCGGAGGUCUCGAGACAGUGAAACUAUGCAAAUGGGUGAUGUAGGAGUGAAGAGCCUCAGCCCAUCCAGAGUUUCGAUCUCCAACGGGACACAUAAUAGAACUUCGGAAGGUAAAGCCGAUAGCAAUAACCAAGGUCAUAGCAGACUCGGUGGUGAACUUGCAAACGGCAAGGUGAGUCGUGGGUUGUCAGACAUCAAACGGUCACAAAGUUCUUCCAAUAUUCAAAGCAAAUUGGAUCCAGGCUUAAGAAGAACAGCAUCUCUACACAGAAACGGCACAACGGUGGCCCAGCCGCAGAGCACGCCCGGGGACAGGGGCUCUCAGCACACUCAGCAACGUACACGGUACAGCACAAAUUCACUCGGCAGAAAGAAGGCCGUGCCUGAAUCGAGCUUCUGAGACUUUCUUCACUACACUCAAAUAACAUAACACGGUAGCAAAUAUCUAAAAGCCCAAGUAAGAAUUGUGGUAUGAAAUGUAGGUUUGAAAAGAUCACUAAAACCUGGCAGCACACAAACUACAGUAUGAAGUUGCACAUACAUUUGGAACUAGUGGAUAUUUUUGUUCACUUGUUUUUGCUUAUAUGAAGUGCCUCUGAGCCAGAGCUAUUUUUCAGAUUGUGUUUUGCCACUAGAAGUACAUUACAUACUGGCCUCUACGCCGUGCGUUUGAAUUGAAAAAUAAUUUGCCUCAGAUUAGAUUUUCUUGUGCCACUAAAUAGAUUUAUCAGCUGUAAUAUAUGAAGGAAAUUGCUAUAUAUAACUUUUCAGUUUCAUCUCUUAUGAUUCUGCAGAUUGUACUGACUUGCUGCUAACCUCUCAUGGGUUUUCAUGACAUUUAACAAAGAUGUUCUUGCACUUUCAGUGAAUUUAUUGCACCAUCUGAUUUAGUCGUACUUUCAGACCAAAAUAUAAAAUGUAUUGAUUUUUACUUUUUUGUUGAUUUCUUUUACACUGCAAAAAAAUAUUUUCUUAAUGAGUGUUGUUGUCUUGUUUUUCAUCAAACUGUCAUGUGACUUCAGAACACGGUAACCAUCAGUAAAAGUAAAUUAACAACAUUUGCUGAAAAAGGUUACCAUAUUUGGCAUAUUGCGUUGUUUCAAAGAUUUAGAUAUUUUAACUGUAAAACAAGACCAAAAUGCUGAUUAAAAAAGUUAUUUUCCAGUGCAGUGUUUGAAAUUUUUCUUUCUUUCUUUUUUGUCAAUACAACAUUAAGACAUUUGUAAAUUCAUAUUAUGCAAUUUUAAGUAUAAAAUCACACUGAAACCAAAAAUAUGUGCUUUAGAUGAUGCUUUGUCGCAUAUGUAUAAAGAUGGCAUGUUGACGACACAUUAAAAAGUAAUACAGUGUCGCUUCUGAAAAGCACUCUACCAUUAAACACAUUACCAGUGGAUUAAUCCAUAUACUAACCACCUUGACUUAGUUUGAAGGUAAUAACAAUAACCUAUGUAACUUAAAGGAUAGUACACCCAGAAAUGAACCCCAGUGUUGUCCCAAACUGAUUUUACUUUUUCACCCAUCAAAAGACCACUAAAGGAGAUGUUAGGCAGGAUGUUCAUGGUGCUAUUUUUCAUUUAAAAAAGGUGAAUGGUGACCAGAAACUGUCAAGUUCCAAAAUGACCACACACAAAAAAAAAAAAGUUAAAAUGCAUGCAUGUCAAUAAUGAUACAACAGGCCUCUGAGGAAUGUUUAUUAGUACAUCUCUCAAACAUCAUUGUACUGCAUUACAUUUAAUUUUUGACCGCCAACUACAGAACUCUGAUCACAAGACUAAGCAUUAUCAUCUUACUAAGACUUAUUAUUAGAAAUAGAGUGACAACUGGUGUUUACAUGUAGUCUGUUAUACUUUAAAAGAAAAAUCUCAUUGAUUUACAUUACAAGAACUUCUUAAUUGUUGGCCAUAUGAAUAACAAUAUCUGCACUAAAUUGCAUACUUUAGCUCAGUUUUUUUGAGUGAGUUCUAUAUUCUCACUAUAUCAUAUCAUACAAUACGGCCAUAAAAGCCUGCUGUAUCAAUAUGAUACAACUCAUAAAACACAUAUUCAAACCUUACAUAUAUGAAUAUGCACACAUCUGAAUGAGAUUUGACAUUUUUAUGUGAUUUUAUAAGAUUAUUAGUGAGUAAAGGUAGUAAUGGUUGUCUUUUUCCACACACAAAAAUUAUCAUAUGGCUUGGAAUUUUAAAUGUAUGUAUUUAAAUGUACUUUUAGUGUGCUCUUUGAAUUUUUUUUUUUUUUAACAUUGACUUUUUUAAUAUGGAAAUGAGCAGUGUGAACAUUCUGCUGAACAUCUCUUUUAGUGAAGCAAACUUGUUUAAAAAAUGUUUGAUUUGUUCGUUUUGGGGGGAAAUAUUCCUUUACUAUUAAUGUGUUCAACUAAUGUGGAGCUCUAGCAAUACCAAUGACUGUGGACCGAAGAAAAGCCUCAGUGUAAAGUGACCUUAGAGAAAAGACAUCCUUGACACAGAUUGUGUUUGGCUCCAAUUGCUAUAGCAACAGUCAGAAUAUGUCAUAUAGUCUCUUUCUUAUUUUGACUGAUUGGGUUUGUAUGUCCAUAUACCUGGUGAAUAAGACAGAACUAACAAUCAUACUUGUGUAUCGCUAGCAGUAUUUUUUAAAUUGUCUAAAUGCAAUUCAUUAAACACCAAUGCUGUAUAAACUCACAGCAAAGCUCAUCCUCUUGCCAAAUAUAAUAUUUUAGAAAACCUUACUCAUUAUCAAAGAUUUAAAUAGAUUUAUUUUAUCUUAGUGUGAUUACGAGCGAAUUAAAACUCAAACGUCAGUCUGAAUCAAGUUCACGCAUUUGUGUUUUUAUCAAUUCAUGAACCAAACUGUAAGUGUCCUUCUGAAUAUUGCACAUGGUAUACCCUUGUAAAAUACUGUUUGUUUAUCUCUUUGAAAUCUCUCUGAAUUUCUAUCGACAUAGGCUUGUUGGAAAAAUGUGCCUCUUUUUUAAAAAA